AUGUCGGACAUCAGCGUGGAUGGGUGCCCGAUAUGGGCACCCUUUGUGGGCUUCACAGGGGUGAUGUUCGCGCUCGUCUUCGCAAACGGCGGCGCGGCGUACGGGACUGCUAAGGCAGGGAUGGGUAUCGGGGCGAUGGGCGUCAUGCACCCUCAGCUGGUGAUGCGGAACAUCAUCCCGGUGGUCAUGGCGGGUGUUUUGGGAAUCUACGGCCUCAUCGUUUCGGUCAUCUUGCUCGGAUCAAUCUCGGCCCCUCAGAGCGGGGUCACGGUCUACUCGGCGUUCACAAGCUUCGCACACCUAGCGGCCGGGAUGGCGUGCGGGUUGAGCGGGCUCGCGGCGGGCAUGGCGAUCGGGAUCGUGGGUGACGCGGGCGUGAGGGCUGUCGGACAGCAAGAGAAGCUCUUCGUGGGCAUGAUCCUCAUCCUUAUCUUCGCGGAAGCCCUGGGCCUCUACGGGCUUAUCGUUGCGCUCAUCCUCUCCCAGCAAACGUACUCGUGCGACUAGACCAGCGAUCGAUUGGCAGAUAGAUGUAAGACAAGGAGCCAACUAUCCGGCUAAAUCUUCUCCGCCGGAGGGAGAGAACUCUUGGUGUUACACCACGUGUAGGUUGUAUGACUGGAUAUCGUGGCUCUGGUGUUUGUUCGCUUCUUUGCGAAGCGAUUGGCAGCUUUCUUUUUUUUUGUGUGUUCUUGGCGCCGUUUGCGGGGGUGCGAGAAACAGGUGGGUGUAUCGGGUAGGUGGGGGGUCAUUUCGGCCGAGGGGGGCCGUGUUGUCGGCGACGUUCUUCUUGUUCGAAGGCAUCAAUGCGAAUUGGGGGCACACCUUCUGUGUAAGUAAUUGCUGAGGUUGGGGCAUUUUUGUCAGCAACACCUCCAAUCCACGCCGGAAAAAAAAAUGGUGUUGUGUGUGCACCGGGAGAAGCUUGCAGUACUGUAGGCUCCCAGGAUUGCCGGUUU